AUGUCUAGUCUCCAAAGCACUACCCGUGUGUCUCGUGCACCGCCAGCACGGUCUACACGGUUAUUAUCCACUGAGGCGCUCGCGGAAGAACGGCGCCCCGCGCAACUCGCGCGCCUACCUGUGCCGGACCUCCACAAAACGUUGCAGAACUAUGUACAGUCGCUCGCUCCGUUUCUUCGCGAGCAGGAGGCUAGUGGUGGUCGCCCAUUCGACGUCGCGUUGCAUGACAGGCUCAAAUGGGCUUCUGCUUUCGAAACGGGGGUCGGAGCGGAUUGCCAGCGUCGUUUAUUAGAGCUGGAUUGCAAUUCGCCGUAUAACUGGCUGGACGACAACUUCUGGCUAAAGAAAGCAUAUCAUGAAUGGCGCGCUCCGCUGCUCAUCAACUCCAAUUGGUGGCUGGCCUUCUUCAAUGACUCGUCCGUUCCCCAACACGUUCUAGAAGGUCAAGACGUCAUGUUCUCUGGCGUUGGUCUCUGGCAGAUCCGCAGAGCGGCAUGGUUGAUCUACCGAACGUUAGAAUUCAAGGAGAAACUCGCGCAACAAGAAAUAUACCCAGAUACCACAAAGACGGGCGUCUGGUUCAGGAACACCGUAGCCCGUAUGUUCUACACGAACCGCAUUCCACUGCCGAAAUGCGAUACGUUCUCCCGGUUACCCUCAUCUUCCGCGCACGCGCGUAAAGUAGUCGUCAUGAUAGGCGACUUCUUCUACUAUGUGAGAGUAUACGAUGCCGAGGGAGUGCCAUCCAGUGCGGACGCGAUAGAGCGCGGACUUGUCAGCGUUGUCCGAGACUACCAUGCACGAGUAACCGCUGGCGAGACUGCACCCGCGGUCGGGGUGAUGACCACCGAUGAUCGAGAUUCGUGGGCUUCUAAUUACGCGCGCUUGCGAGGCCUAUCCGACAACAACAAACGCACUCUUGACGUGAUCGCUGACUCUGUCUUCGCCGUUUCGCUCGAUCCACACACCCUAGGGAGGGAGACUAUUGAAACGCCUGCGGAGAUUAAUCGUCAUCUGCACAACAUCAGGUCGUCGAAGAGCGCGCGCAACCGCUGGCUCGACAAGGCCUACACGAUCAUCGUCGAGAACAACUCGCGAGCCGGCGCUACGGGUGAACACUCGCCGGUCGACGCGCUAGUUCCCAGUAUCGUCGCGGAGUACUCCAUCGUCCAAUCCAUUGACCCGGAUGCCUUCCCGCCCAUUGAGGAAAUCGCAUCGCAAAUGUCCAAUCCGCCUGCUCUUGUCGACGGAUGCGAGGGUUUGUCAUUCGACGUGGACGCGGAACUACAGCGAGCGUGCGAGAUUGCGCAGUCCCGCGCUGAAGCUCUCAUCGCGGACUCCGAUGAUGCGGUGUUUUGGUUUACCGACUACGGUUCAGAUUGGAUCAAGGGCGUAGCGCGUCUUUCACCUGACGCUUACAUUCAGAUGGCGAUGCAACUGGCGUGGUACAAACUCCGAGGAGAGUUCACUGCUGUAUACGAGACCGUCUUGACGCGCCUCUUCGACCGUGGCCGGACAGAGACGAUACGUUCAUACACCACCGACAGCCGAGAGUGGGUAUUGGCGAUGUUAGACCCCAAGCGUUCGGAGAAAGAGCGUUACAAUCUCCUCGGUCGUGCCAUUCAGACGCACACGAAGCUCACUCGCGAAGCGGCUACGGGCAAGGGCAUCGAUCGGCACUUGCUCGGUUUGCGCAUGAUGCUUCGCGCCGGCGAGCGGGUAGAACUCUUCGAAGACCCACUGUUCGAGGAGAGCCAGACGUGGAAGUUGAGCACGAGCGGUCUCAGCGCCGGCCACCUUUUCCGCGGCACUGGGUUUGGCUCGCCGUAUCCUGACGGGUACGGGAUCAAUUACCUGUGCGCGCCCGACCAGAUCAAGUUCGGCGUCGAAUCAAAGAUCUCAUGCGCUUCGACCUCAACGGCGCGUUUCCAUGCCGCUCUCGCCGAUUCUCUCACAGAAAUGCGAGCUGUAUGUGCUUAUGCGCCAUCGACAACGUCAAAGUUGUAG